AUGAAAGUUGGUGAUAUUCAAAGUGAAGUCUGCAAUAGAAGAAACUAGGUUCAUCAUCUAGUUGAAAUGGAAGAGAUUAAUUAAAAGAAUAAUGAACAGCCAAAUGAACAAAUAAAUGAACAAAUAAAUGAACAAACAAAUGAACAAACAAAUGAACAAAUAAAUGAAAAAAUAAAUGAACUUUUUAUUACUGAAGACUUAUUAAAGAAAUCAAUAAAAUAGCCUUAGUAAGAACCUGUAGGUUGUUUAGCAAGAAUAUUUAAAUGUUUCAGAUUUAAGAAAUAAUAAAAACAAGUAGAAUACUAACCGACUGAAUUAAAAGAUCAUUAUAAUUUGUAUGAUGAAAAUUGGUUUGAUAUUUAGAGGAAUAUUAUCCAAUAAUAAUAAGAAACAUCGACUCCUGUUGGAAGAAAAGAAAUAAUUCAUAUAGUUUCUCAAGAUGAUACAAUAGAAGGAUUAGAAUUAUAAUAUGGAGUGUCUGCAUGUAAUAUAAGAACUUUUAAUAAUUUAUAAACAAAUGAUAUAUUUUACUUAAAAAAAUUGAUUAUUCCAAAUCCCAUUAAUAAUUAUUAAAAAUAAGAGAUGUAAGUAUUUACUUUUUAAAUAGUGAUAUUGAAAAGUAUAUAUAAGAUCUAAAAAUUGUACUUUUUUUAGAUCAAAUUUGUUAGCCAGAAGAUAAAAAUCGAAAAGUUGCCCUGUAUUCUCUAUUCUUAAUUUUUUUAGCUUUUAUUUAGACAUGAAUAAUUGGAAUUAUUAAAAAGCUGCAUAAGAAUAUUUGGAUGAUUACAAAUUUGAAUUAGAAUAAAAGAAAAACUAAAUUACUUCUUCUCUUAAAGUUUAAGAAUGA